GGUCGUACUAUAUUUACCGCAUGCCUAAACAAUAUGGCUGCGCGCUGUGAGAAACUCAAUGCUGGUUGAGAUUAUAGGCUAACCAUAUCACUUGAUGUCCAUACGACCACUGUCACUGUUUUGUCAGCUAAACCAGUUAACACGUCUGCACAUUUCCUGGGGAAUGUUUUACUAGACAGAAUGCGUUGGCAACAGUUUAAACCGUCGACACGCUUAUUAUUUGGGCCGGUCUUCAGGCGGAGUUCCAUUGGUUCGUUUGUCUGUCUGUUUUCGCUACACUCCUCCCACAGCCUAUUUUUAAAUCACUACAAAGAAUUUCUGGCUCUGAAAGUGCAUGGAGAGGCAGUACCCCUCUCCCAGAAUAUACAGGAUGCAAUCAGUGAGGUUUACAAGGAUUUGAUGAGGACAAAUAGACUGUCACAACAACAGUUGAGAAAAAUUGACGUAAUCAUUAGCAAGGAUGCUGUUGAACCUUUUCACAAGGGAAAUUUGUCUGCAUUCAGUGGUUCAUUCAUUGGACUUCCACCCUCAUUUUCAUGUUCCUAUUCAAAGACAGAUGAAAAAUGUGGUGAGGAAAACAACAUUUCAGAGAGAGAUGAAUUGCAUCAAAAUUCAAUUUCGUGGGAUGAGAGUGCAGUGAAAUAUGCCAUUAUGAAAGAGUGUAUUUUGACAGACUCGCACGAUAUUCAAGUUCGCACCCUUCUACAAGCGCUGUUUCUGUGUUUGUAUUCUAUGACUCUGCAGUGGAAUAUGUACCGAUUUCGACAAAUAUCUGUUUGUCUCCUGUACUCUGUUGUUUGGUCUGCUUUGUUUGGAAUUGCUCUGAUACAACAGUGGACGUUUUACAAGACGUACCAAGACAAACAGGCAGAUGAGGAUGUUGUUUCGUUAGGGAGAGAUUAUGUUAUAGGAGGGCUUUCUUAUUACAAUAGCAUUAUGCAGCAAAGUAAAGGGCCUUGUGAUUGGGAUAGGGACCAGAGAAGUUUUAAUGAAAAGAAUCAUCAGACUUACUUUAAAAAGAAAGAGUUUUUUGAAAUAAAACUGAAAGAAAUGAAUAACAACACACAGUCCAUGAGUGAAUGAAGAUAAUAAAAAGUUAUUGAAUAUUGUCAAUGGAUACAAUGGAUGGGAAAUUAAAACAAUUUUGAAGCGCUA